AUGGAGGCUGACUUGGAGUUUCUGCAGGAAAAAUGGCGGGUCUGGUUUAACUUGCUGGACAUUAACCGGGACGGGGUCUUGACAUCCUCGGAUUGGAAUACAGGUGCCGAAACACUGAUCAAAGAAAACAACCUCAAACCGGAACAAGCUGAAAUCGCUCGAGAAAAUUUUGAAAAUCUUGGAAUCAAGCUGCUUGGCGACGGUCAUCUUAAAAAGAAGGGGAAGGCUGAAAAACACGAGCUUGUAGACAACCUGACGGCCUUUUACAAAGAAAGUAGUAACAAGGCCUACCAAUACAUUCAUGACAUUGCUCUUCACCUCUUUAUGCUGACCGAUGUUGAUUGCAACUCUGUGGUCUCGAGGAAGGAAUUCACUGCCAUUUGUAAAAGUCUAGGAAUCCAAUCCGACAGCGCGGCCGCAUUUUACGAGACCCUGAAGCACGCGGACUGUGAGAGAGUUCCCGUGGAAGCAGCGGUUAACUGGUGGGUGGACGUUUUCUUCGGGACAGAUCGGGACCAGUGGGAACGAUUUAAAAACAUCACGAGCGAAAACUGUUAA